GGUCAACAUUAUGAAGAGGAAAAACGGGCUUUGAGCCAUGAAAUAAUUGCACUCAAUAAUCACUUAAUAGAGGCCAAGGUGACAAUAGAUAAGUUGUCAGAAGACAAUGAGCUCUAUAGGAAGGACUGCAAUUUAGCUGCUCAGUUGCUCCAGUGCAGCAAGAAUUACGACAGGGCACAUAAGCUUUCAGAGUUGCCAUCUGACUUUCAGGAAAGACUCAGCAUCCAUCUGGAAAAACACGGGUGCAGCCUUUCUGUCCCCUUGUGCCACACAACUUAUGCUGAUACCAUACCCACUUGUGUCAUUGCCAAAGUACUGGAAAAACCAGAUCCAAACAGCUUGUCUUCACACUUGUCAAGCCCAUCUACAAGGGAUCUCAAUUUUCAGGACUCUGCUGGAAAAAUUGGACAAAGGCCACAGUACAAGUCGGACAUCUACUGCAGCGACACUGCCCUUUACUGCCCCGAGGAGAGGAGGAGGGAGAGGAGGCAGAGUGUGGACACGCAAGUGAAAGAUGUAGGGUUCCUGCGGUCCCAGAACUCCACGGACAGCACCGUCGAAGAAGACGGUUUCCAUUCCAGCUUCUCUCACGAAGCCUUCCCAGAGUACAUUACCUCUCUGCCGACCUCCAGCUCCUAUUCCAGCUUCAGUGUCACAUCCGAGGAGAAGGAGAACGCCCAAGCCAACACUCUGACAGCCUCUCAGCAAGCGAUCUACUUGAGCAACCGAGAUGAACUGUUUGAAAGAAAGUCACCUGCAGGUUAUGAGCAUCAGGGAAGUCCUAGGUUCGCCAAGUCCAAGCCUGCACAGCACAUGGAGCUUGCCGAUGACAAUGAGAACUCGCCCACGUUUACUAGGACUCUGCCUCCGUAUGCAAAUGAAUCUUUUCAUUUCUCAGCCAUAACACCACAGCAGGCUUUAGCGAAUCAGAAAAUGAGUCAUGAGUGCAGGAGCACCCAGCUUUCAGAAGACGACUUGCCUGGGCAAUGGAGGCAACUGAGUGUGGAGGACAUUGGUGCGUACUCUUACAGGAACACUGGCAGGCUGUCGCCCUGUAGUUUUUCAGAGCAGUACUACAGCAGUCCUAUUAAGAAGGAAGAUAGUCGAACAAGCCCCAUCUAUGCUAGUUACAAAGCAGAUAGCUGCUCAGAGGGAGACGAUAUCUGCCAAAGCAGACUUGUGGAUUCUUGCUUCCUGAGAACAGACAGUGGUCUGAAUAUUGACAUCAGCACUAGCUGUAAACAGGACAAAUUGCCCACUUACAAAACAAAAGAAUCAAGAGACCAAAAAAAUGAAAGGAUUACUGUCCAAUUAUGCAGUAACAAAAACAUUGAAAAUAGCCCAGUAUUGAAAAGAGAAUAUGUGGAUGUGAGCCCCAACAGCUCAGCAGAGUCCCUCAAUCAGAGUUCGGUGGAGGCUUCAGAAAUCCACCAGUCUUCCAUGGAGCAAGGAAGCCAUUCGAGUAUUCACAGCAAGCAGCAGCAGUUCCAACGGACUGGGAGUACUGGUUUGAGUCGGAAGGACAGCCUUACAAAAGCACAAUUAUAUGGAACCCUUCUGAACUAGACAUCUUCCAAAAUGGCAAUAAGACAACAAACGAAAGGAAGCAAACAGCAUUUGAUACUUCUAGUGAACACUAAGGUUCUAAGAAACAGGAUUAUUAUAAAAUAUAUAUUCAUAAUGGUACUAUAUGUUUAAAACAAAAUCUCUUCAAAAAUGUUAUAUAGCACUUUUCACUUAACAUCCUUUCCACGUGGGAGACCGUCCCCUCCCCUCUUUUAUAAACCGGAAGUAUUUUUAUAAACAAAAUGGUAUUUAUUAAAAUAUCCUAAGCUAUUUGAGCAGAAUUCUUUUCCCUUCAAGCAGGUUUCUUAUUUAUUUUUGUGCAUGAGGCCAUCUGUGCCUAAACUCUUGGAGAAAAAUAGUAAAAUCAUGAUGGCGGUGACGAAAAAUAGUUCCACCUGAUAAAAUACCGUAAAAUGUCAUAUGAAAACAAAACAAAGAAGAAUAGUGAAUUUGAAGAAGUAUAUUUUUUAACAAGAAUGGAAUUGUAUCUUAAGUUAUUUCAUACAAAUGUAUUUAUGAGUGACUAAUGUAUGCACAAAGUGAUACUAAUAUUUUGUUCUUUUAACCCACAGUGUUUCUGCUUUCCUAUUUUUCCUUGUAUACUACCUCAAAAGUAAUUGAGGGUU